AAUCGACGACGUCAAAGACCGGUAGGAGAUCGAACGGCAACGGAGGCAACUGAUGCCCCCAGGCGUAUUUCCCCACCUCGAAUAUGGGGGGAGGGAGACAUACAGACAGACAGACAGAAUGCCGCCGCCUCGAGCCUUUUAUUCUCUGCUUCUUUUUUUUUGUUUUGUCUUUAUUUUCGGCAGAUACUUUGCAUAAUCUCCCGCACGACGACAGCAGACAGUCGAGGGCGACCGUCCAUCGAUUGGUCUCCUCCUUCAACACCAAUCAGCGCAGAGCAGAGCAUUUCUGUCGUGAUUUUUUCUGUUUUAUAUAAAAUGGGAAGGCAUCCGUAUUUCUUCCAUCAGUUAAUGCCACAGAUUCAACGUAUCCAGAGAUCAAUCACAUAUCAUGAAGAGCAGCAGCAGCAGCGUUCCGUUUAAAUUCUACUUCUUCUGUGGACUUUUAUUACUCUUCGCAAUGUGCAGCAGUUUAUGUGCGGGAAUGGUGAUGGGCCCAAGACCCACUGGAAAAUCCACAGAACAACUCUCCCACCAGCAGCAGCUCGAGGAAAUCUAUUGGCAAACACCCGCAGUACCGGACGAACGAUUGGCGGAUGCAGAAGUGGAUAAUGCUUACGAAUUGUUCAAUUUACGGCCUAAACCUACAACCUCAAACCGCAUUCAGAAUCUAUAGAUACGUUUUAGCUAUUUUUACAUAGAUUUCGUGUUAAUUAUGGUUAUGGCUAUAUGUGUUUAGAUUUAACUUUAAAUUUAUAAAUAAUAAAAACAGACAUU